UUUGACAUAUAAAUUCACACAUUUAUUGAAAUCCCCACUCAAGACAUCCUUACGAGAAGCACAAAUUUAUAUUCAAUACAAAUAAAACUCCCAGCAAUUUCUAGGCAAUUGUGAGAGACUUGAGGUUAGCAUUUACAAUGUAAUAACAGCCCAGCUUGUAUAGCACUGUGGUUUGUGUGCAUUUCUGCUGGGGUUAGCAGUAUCGUCAACAACCAGGAUGCACGUCACGCAAUAAUUUCCUGCAAAGGUGCUAUGGAGUUUCUGAGAAGAGAAUGCAUUCAUUCAAAUCUUCAGUUCUGAUCAAGAGCACACAAACCAGUCACCCGGGAUCAUCUGUGUCUGGACGUUUACAGGUGAACAUAGGCUGGCCAGGUUUCGACUCUCACGAUGUUCGAGGAAAGCAAUUUAACCACCAAUGAAACGUGUCAGAUUUAUGAUGGAAUACUGUAUCCCUUCAUACCCAUUGGCUACAUCAUCAUCUGUUGUAUGGGACUGCUCUGCAACACCGUCACCCUCUACAUAUUUUUCCUCCGACGGCACGCCGACUCUUCCAUGGCCGUGUAUAUGCGUCACCUCGCGUUGGCCGACACUCUCCUGGUCCUGUGUUUGCCACUGCGGAUCUACUACCACAAUAAAGAAGGUCCCUAUUAUUUGUGCAAGGUGGUGGGCAUCUUCUUCUACAUUAACAUGUAUUCCAGCAUCCUGUUCCUCAGCCUGAUCAGCUUGGAUCGCUACCUAAAAAUCAUCAAGCCCGUUUGGGUGUUUCGUAUCCAGAAGACGAGCUGGAGCCAAAUGGUAAGCUAUACCAUCUGGGUGAUCCUCAUAUCGGGAACGAGUCCUUUCUUCGUGAGCAGCAACCAGACACAUCCAUGCAACAAGAUCUGUUUUCACUUCCACAGCAAGGGGGUUCUCGGUGGCAUUAUAAACCUUACUACCGUGGUGCUUUUUCUCAUUUUUUACAUGGCCUUUCUUUGCUUUUAUGGUAAGAUCACUAAUAAAAUCAGGACUAUGUCCCUCGGAAACGGCGAGCCUAAGGGACAAAGUCGCAAAAAGUGGAUCAUCGUAAAGACUUUCUUGGUACCGGCGAUUUUUACGCUGUGCUUCUUACCCUACCACGCAGUACGUAUCCCGUAUGUUCUGGCACAAAUGAGUGUGAUAGGAGAUCUUGGGAGCAAACAAAUGUUGCACAUCUUAAACGAGAGCACCUUGCUACUGUCCACACUUAAUAGCUGCCUAGACCCAGUUAUCUAUUAUUUCUUAUCAAAAGCUUACAGGAAAACCAUAUUAUGCGCUAUUCAGGGCGAGUUUAAAAACAUGUAUGCUUUAAACCGACGAAGGAUCAGCAUAAACCGCUCGCUCACUGAAAUUUAGCUCACCAGAUCAGUCAUUGGAUACCUAUAAAUAAAGAUCAACAAUGCUGUCACUGGGGCAUUACCCUGUCAAAAAGGACACAUUUGCACCUAAAGAGUUUAUAUUAGUACCUCAAAGGUACAUAUUGAUACAACUGUACCUAAAUGGUACAUAUUAGGACUCUUUUAAAGAGUACUGCCCCAGUAACAUGCAGCUCGCAAGCAUUUUUGUCAAUUUUUUCUGACAGUAUAAAUAUAAAAUAUGUAGUUGAUUUAACAAAAUAAAUUGUUUAAUUUAUGCCUAAAUUAUGGCUAGUUUUUUUAAUUGAAUUGAAUUGAAAUGGCUUUACUAUGAAGAGUAAAAGAUUUGUUUUACGUUUCAUUCACGACAUUCCCAUGCUUCCAUUUGUGCAAUUUCAAAAGUUUUCCUUUUAAUGUUUGGAGGACUUUAUCAUUACUCCACAAAUAAAUAAAGAAUAGUUUAAUAUUGUAUAUAAAAAUGAUUGUGUCCAAAUGUUUAAACUGGUAGCGUAUGUGUAGUUAUGUAAAUAAAGAAUACUUUAUAUAUACUGACUGUAGCAUUUAUUGUAUAUUUGUGAAUAGAUUUAUUAAAGCUUUAAUAGAUUUUUUUUAUAACCAUAUUAAAAUUUUACUCAUAGACUUGUUUUUGUUUAAAUAGUAAUAUUAAUUUAUAGAAAAAACAACUUAUAUUUAUGCUAGAUAUGAGUGUGAAGUAUAAAAUUACCUUUGUAAAUGUCACAGAUCUUCCACGGAUGUCAUAGCUCGACAGUGUUGUUUUGUGAUUUUUUUUGUGGUGAUGAUGUAUACAUGUGUUAGCCACAUUAAACGUUAAAGCAACUUUGUUUAUUAAUGGGAAGAUAAAUGCACUUUUUGUUUAAUCUAUAUUUAUUUAAAUAUACUUUAGAUGCAUUUUUUAUUUGAAUUUUGUACCUGAGAGUCUAUCAGUUAUUGUAUUUUUUAGUUACCUGAACGGAAAUACUAAUGUUAGAUUUUAUGUGUUUUUUAAAUGCAUUACUUGCUUACUGCAUCUUUAUUGUAUAAAUGCAUACAUG